AUGGCGGGAGCACGAAGCAAGAAGGAUGGAGGGCGCGGUGACGGAGGUCGUGGUGACGCGACGCGUCAGUCGCGCCGAGCGCAAGGAUUGCCAGCUGAAUCGCACAUGGACCUGGAUAUCAUCAACCGGGAAGCGCGUGCGAGGAGGAAGGCAGAGCGGGAUGCGAAGGAGGCUGAAGACAAGGCCACGUCGACUGAACCCGCUGUUCAAGACGACCAAGUGUCGACGGAGGCGGCUGAAGAAGAAGACCUGCGUUCAGAGUCGAAGGCUGAAUGCAUCCCGGAAAAGCAGGCUCAGACGACUGAGUCUGCGAAGGCGUCUGAGGGAGGCGCUAAUGUGGGUGAGCCCCCGGCGGCGGAUCGAGUUUCGGACUCUCCGCAGCCGGAACAAGAAGAGAAAACUCCCAAGGAUGUGCCGGUCAAGGUCAAGGCUGAAGUGAUCGAGAUCGAGGAGUCGGAUGCCAAAGAGCGUUCAGCGCUUGAGGACGCGGAGGUGUCCUCGCGCUCGCCGCAGAGUUCGUCGAACCAGGCUCCGUCAUCGUCGCAGAGUCAAGCCCCUGAACCCGAAGUGUUGCCGCGAGGCAAUGCUUCAAACCCGGUUCCAGCACCUCAAAGUCUGAACGCAGAUGUGCGUCCAAGUUUGGGCGCGGGUGCUGAAACGGCUGACACGAUUCAGCUUGAUGAGACGGCGGCGAAGAACUUUGUGGCACGCCAAGUGUAUCGCUGGGAGCAGAUGCGUUCAGGACGUGUCGUUCCGCCCUCAGUGGAGUAUGCUUGGCCGAAUCCGCGGCCAGACUUCUCGGUUUGGCAAGAGGCCAUAAUGACUACGUCGGACUACUUGCGGCGUCGAAUGGCUCUGGAGAAUCGAGACGCGGCUUGGAUCGCUGAGCUGCGUCCUGAACGCAGAGUGUUAGGCAUCGCUCAAGACCUGACCGCAGUUGUCAUCCCGCCGAGUAUGAUGUCUUCGCGUGAGUGUGCGGCAGUUAUCGAGCUCAUCGAGUGGAAGCAGCUCACGGCUGGAGUGUCGUUCAAGGUCGUUCCAGCCUCGGAUACAAAACCUGCGUUCAAGGAAGAGAAGACACAAGACGCUCAAGCUGUGAAGGAUGAUCUAUUGAUGGAUGACUACGAAGUCGAACUGCUUGGCCAAGCCUUCGUCUCUCAAUGCCGGAUGGCUGGGAUCCUGGCUCUUCGCAGCCCGCGAGGGUCACCGGAGAUUGAGCCCUAUCCCAAGCGCCCGCAGUAUCGGCCAGCUCGUCCGUUGAGUGUGUCGACUCCGUCUGUUCACUCGCUGGUCCCAUCGACCGACGUGAGUCUGAACGCAGAUGCCCGAGCCAUGAGCGUUCGAGGUUCGACCCUGAACGCAUCUUCGAGUGGCAUCUCAGACUCCGUUCCAAGCUUGAUCGGCCCGUCGGGGACUUCGAACGACUCGGCGUACGCGACCUCCUUUCACACGCAGACGUCUCGGGACAGCUCGUCGUCGUCAUCGCUGAUGUCGCUGGGCCACAGUGCUUCAACGCAUAUGCGUCCAGGCCUGGUCAUGAGCGUUCAGGCAGGUGGAGCCUUGGCCGCAGCGCCCGACAUGGGCAUGUUCGUGACCAAGACUGUUAUCCCUGCUCGCCGUACGCUGCCAGACCAGGACGACGUCGACAUGGCUGAGGUCGCAAGUGCUGAAACGCGAAGUAGCAGAACUGCGUCCAGGCGUCGGUCGUCCAAGGCGAAAACUGCGGUCAAGCAGGAGAAACUUGAACUUGCGCGGAGCGAGUCGGGGCUGACCUCGGAAGGCCUCCACCAGUCGUCCAGAAGCUCGCGUCAUGAUCAUUCAAACGCAAGCUUCGAAGUCCGCGCGAUGAAGGAGGAAGUGUCCCGGGCUCAAGCGGAGAAGGCUUUUGCUGAACGCGCCUUCGCCCAAGCUGAAGCCGCUCGUGUAGAGGCUGAACGCAGGACCCUGGAGGAGGCUGAAUGCAGAUCGCGUGAAGCUGAAUGGCACCCUGAGGUCCCAGCCUACUCCGGCCCAGUCGAACCCGCGGACUAUGCGGCAGUGCACGAAGACCACCUCUUGCGCGCGCGUUCAGACGUCGCUGAAGUGGCGACCAAGCUCGCGAAGCAGCAGUACGAAGCGGAUCGGGAGGACCUUGAGCGCCACUGGAAGGAACGCCUGAACGCAGCCGAGGCCAAGCUUCAACGCGCUGAGGCUGAUAGCGCCAGCGCCGAAGCGGAGCGCGCUCGCCGCGCUGAAGAAGCCGACGGUGAGAUGAAGAAGCGCUUAGACACCGUGCAGCAGACGAUUCAGAACGUACUCUUCGAGCGGGAGCGAGAACGUGCGGAACGGGAGCUUGAACGCGACACUGCGCUGAACCGCCAGAAGUUCCUGGCCGACCAGAACCGCGAACUGCGUGCAACCCUUUCCCAGGUUCAAGCCGUUCGCGCAGCAACGGCCCCUCAUCCCGCAACCGGAAUCAAAGCUGAAAUGUCGGCUGUCCCUCAAUCGACAACCUUGAAUCAAGUAUCCAGUGGUGCAAUCAAUGAUGGCGUGGCACCAGGUACCGGUUAUGUGCACUCAAAGAACACGACCAAAGUCGGUGCUGCCCAGCUACGUGCGACCGUGGGUACGAGUCUGCCGAAGAAGGAAACUGCUGGAAGUUCCCAAGGGACGAAGACCGUGACGGCGUCGAAGAGCUCUGCAUCCAAGUCGGAAUCUGCGGCCAAGGGUUCAGCGUCAUCUGCAGCCAAGAAAAGUGCGGCCAAGAAAUCUGCGUCCAGAAGAUCCUCUUCCCGGAAGGGUAGCAAGGAAGACGCAGACCCGCCGUCUUCUGACCCAGACGACUCCGACUCCAGCUCAUCGGACUCCAGCGAUGACGAUUCAAGCUCCUGUGACUACAGCACCAGUUCCAGCGACGACUUCGACCUGGACCUGACUACCUCGACGACGACCAAGGAAGGCACGACCGUUUGGACGUAUCGACCGUACAUCAACUACAAUGCGGUUGAGAAGUUCAGCGAGGAUGCGUCCGUGGAAGAUCGCGUUGGUUGGUGGGAGAAGUUCACCGACAUGGCUGCUCAGGGUUCCUGUCCGGACAAGAUGAAGAUUCGCCAGCUUCGGGGACGAAUGUCUUCGUCGCUCAGGGACUGGUACGCUCAGCUGCCAAAGUCCACCAGGCACAACUGGAAGAAGCUGUCUCGUCGGUUCAAGGUCGUGUACUGCCGCGAGACUCCACGCAAGUUCUUCUACCGGCUGAACGCAGCUGCGGUCAAGGCUGGGAUUGAGUUCCAGAAGUCAUCCAAGCAUCGGGAGCGACACCUUCGUCGUUUCAUCAAGAAGCUGAAGGAUACCCAGCUGAAGACCGCGCUGCAGGGACAGAAGUUCAAGAGUAUCAGCGAAGUCGAACAUGCGUUGUGA